GUACUCCUCACCACCUCUGUGCCAGGCAUCAGCAAAGGGUCUUUCCAGGGCCUCUGUGUGUCCCGCCUCCAUGAAGGAGCUAAGUUAUGGAUGGGUGUGAGGCUUUCCUUCCCUGGCAUACAUUUUUUUGACACAGUAUGAGACGCUGAAGUAUUAUGGAAGGAAAUCCAACCUGGAGAUCAGACCUUGAACACCUGAAUUCAGUUUAUUUCCUACCUCUUAUAGAUCAGAUCCCAAGGCAUUGAAUUCCAUGAUUCUGUAAAAACGGAAGUGGGUUUCCCUAAUAUUCUGAGAUGGACGGAAUCAAGCCUAGAAGGAGUACAGUGUCGCUCAAGGGCACUGAAUUGGCAUCCGGGAUCCCUGACCUGUCCGUUCUUGUCUGUGGAUAACUUUGGGCAAACACCUAAGCCUGAACUCAGCCUGGUGCCGGCUCAAUUUGUGGUUUUAAGAAAACCCGAGAGCCUGAAGGCAGCCGCCCUGGGAGAAGCCCUUUCUGCGGGCAGCCGGAGCCUUCUGGUCCAGAGGAGAAGCUGUCCCUGCACCUGGACUUAUGACCCGCGGCCUCGCCCCCAGCCUGCCCGCCGAGGUCCACAGGAUGGGCUCCUUCCGCAGGCCCAGGCCGCGCUUCCUGAGCUCCCCGGUGCUCAGCGACCUGCCCCGCUUCCAGGCUGCUCGCCAGGCCCUGCAGCUGAGCUCCAACUCGGCCUGGAACAGCGUGCAGACCGCCGUGAUCAACGUCUUCAAAGGUGGAGGCCUGCAGAGCAACGAGCUCUAUGCACUGAAUGAAAACAUCAGGCGGCUGCUGAAGAGUGAACUCGGAGCGUUCAUUACAGACUAUUUCCAGAACCAGCUUCUGGCGAAAGGACUGCUGUUUGUGGAGGAGAAGAUCAAGCUGUGCGAAGGUGAAAAUCGCAUUGAGGUUCUGGCUGAAGUCUGGGACCACUUCUUCACUGAGACCCUCCCCACCCUGCAGGCCAUAUUUUACCCAGUUCAGGGCCAGGAGCUGACCAUCCGCCAGAUCUCCCUGCUGGGUUUCCGUGACCUGGUCCUGCUGAAGGUGAAGCUGGGCGACCUGCUGCUGCUGGGCCCGGCUCGGCCGCCCCCGUCCAUCGUCCAGAUGCUGCUCAUCCUGCAGAGUGUUCAUGAGCCCACAGGCCCCAGCGAGGGGUGUUUGCAGCUGGAGGAGCUGGUGAAGCAAGUGGUUUCUCCUUUCCUGGGUGUCAGCGAGGACCGCGGCGUCUUGGGCCCCACGUACACGCUGGCCAGGCGCCACUCCCGGGUCCGGCCCAAGGUCACGGUCCUGAACUAUGCCUCCCCGAUGACCACUACUGGCGGCCGGCCCUCGAACGAGAUGGCCCUGACCCCUCUGACGGAGCAGGAGGGGGAGGCCUACCUGGAGAAGUGUGGCAGCGUCCGGCGGCACACGGUGGCCAACGCCCACUCGGACAUCCAGCUGCUGGCCAUGGCCACCAUGAUGCACCCGGGCCUGGGCGAGGAGCCCGGGACCGAGGACCCGUGCCUGCUCCUGCCGCCCCGCUUCUCACCGCCACCCCACCGCCAGUGCUCCAGCGAGCCCAACAUCACCGACGGCCCCGAGGAGCUGGAGGGGGUGGCCGGGGGCUGCCCGGGGGACUCGGACCCCAACUGUGCUUCCCUCAGCUGACUGCCCCCUGGGGACCCCAUCCUUCCUGUGACUCAGCCAGCGGGCCCUUCCUUGGGGCCAGGCUGCCCUGUGUGUGCUUGGGGACAGGCCUAGUCUGACUGCCCCUGGUGGAGGGUGAUCCAGAUGCCAGGUGCCUCCAGAUUGUGCCGUGGUAGGGCUCCAUCCAUCAUCCAUGGGCCUAGAGCCGGGGGCAAGGGUAGACCCAGAAGUUUAUUUGGUGAGGGCUUCCGUUUCCGAGCCUGUGACCACCUCUUCGCAGCCACACAGACCCAGCUGUCCGAUGUCUGCUUCCUGAUGUCCAGCCUGGCCUGCCUGAUCUGGAUUUUUUACUCUGGGCUUCCCCGCUCAGAUCCUGGACUGCCCACUGCCCCCAAGGACACCACCGCCCAGCGCCCUCGGCCUUGCUGUGGCAGGAGGCUGAUGGGCCGCACCUGGAGCCCAAAAGAACGUGCCGGAGUUCCGCUUUGGGCCUGGCGAUGCAGAGGCGUGUGGGUGCAGAGGUACCUCUGCUUCCCCGUUUGUGGGGAGGGAAUAGAGACGCAGCCCCUGCCAAGCAGGGCCCUGGGGAGGCGCCUUCCUCGUUUUAGUUUCAGGAUUACAGGGAGAGAGUUGCCCCCCCCCCUGGUGCUGAGGGUCCCCUGCAUCACAUCCCGGAGGCCUCCAGUCUGGACGAAGCCUCUGCCUUUCCCCCAGGGCUGCCUCCCUGCGGGCGUUGCCUGUGCCUUCAGCCCUCUCUGAGGCCAGAAACUGACCGUUUCCUGUUGUGGGCGAAGGGCCGAAGGGCCGGCUCAUACCAACCAACUAGUCUUGUUCCUGGGUUUGACUUGAAUUUUUAAAAUGUGCAUCGUUUCAAAAC